UAAUAAGAUUGGCGAAAGGACAAAUAUGAAAUAUCUCAAAGGACCGAGAGGGCAUUUCGGACCCUUUCAUAGUACCUCCUAGGGUUUUGUUCUCCCUCACUUUACCCCUUCAUCAGCAAUAUAAGCUCAGCUGCUACACAAUUUGACGACUUCUUUUUUGCCCUCAUUUCUUCUUCUCCACUCAUUUGGAUCCAAAACCAACCCUAAAACCGCCUCAUCUUCGGCGGUGUUCUUCGUCUUCAGGGUUCGCUUAGGAGAUUAUCGGUGAAUAGCCAGUGCUUCUUUUAAAGAGCAGCAAAAAUGGUGAAGUUCACAGCUGAUGAACUCCGCAGGAUUAUGGACUGCAAGCAUAACAUUCGUAAUAUGUCUGUUAUUGCCCACGUGGAUCACGGAAAAUCUACCCUGACUGAUUCUUUGGUGGCUGCUGCUGGGAUCAUUGCCCAGGAGACUGCCGGUGAUGUCCGUAUGACUGAUACCCGUGCAGAUGAAGCUGAACGUGGUAUCACUAUCAAGUCCACUGGAAUUUCUCUGUACUAUGAGAUGACAGAUGAAGCUUUGGCCGCAUUCAAGGGAGAGCGUGCCGGCAAUGACUAUCUUAUCAACCUGAUCGAUUCUCCUGGACACGUUGACUUCUCAUCAGAGGUUACUGCUGCCCUCCGUAUCACUGACGGAGCUCUUGUCGUGGUUGACUGUAUCGAGGGUGUGUGUGUCCAGACCGAGACCGUCCUUCGCCAGGCUCUUGGUGAGAGGAUCAGGCCUGUUCUUACUGUCAACAAGAUGGACCGUUGUUUCCUUGAGCUUCAGGUUAAUGGAGAGGAGGCUUACACAACAUUCCAGAAGGUUAUUGAGAAUGCAAAUGUCAUUAUGGCUACCUAUGAAGACCCCCUUCUGGGAGAUUGCCAAGUCUACCCUGACAAAGGAACAGUGGCUUUCUCGGCUGGUCUCCAUGGGUGGGCAUUUACUUUGUCCAACUUUGCUAAGAUGUAUGCUUCCAAGUUUGGAGUUGAUGAGUCUAAGAUGAUGGAACGUCUCUGGGGUGAGAACUUUUUUGACCCAGCCACCAAGAAGUGGACCUCCAAGAACACCGGAACUGCAACUUGUAAGCGUGGUUUUGUUCAAUUUUGUUAUGAGCCCAUCAAAGUGGUCAUUGCUACUUGCAUGAAUGAUCAGAAGGAUAAACUUUGGCCCAUGUUGGCAAAGCUUGGAGUCCAGUUGAAGUCUGAGGAGAAAGAAUUGAUGGGUAAGGCAUUGAUGAAGCGUGUCAUGCAGACCUGGCUGCCAGCUAGCAGUGCUUUACUUGAGAUGAUGAUCUAUCACUUGCCGUCGCCUGCGACGGCUCAGAGAUAUCGUGUGGAGAACUUGUACGAGGGACCCAUGGAUGAUGUCUAUGCCACUGCCAUCAGGAACUGUGACCCUGAGGGACCUUUGAUGCUUUAUGUAUCAAAAAUGAUUCCCGCACCUGAUAAGGGUAGGUUCUUUGCUUUCGGUCGUGUCUUUGCUGGAAAGGUUGCAACUGGUAUGAAGGUGAGGAUCAUGGGACCUAACUACGUUCCUGGGGAGAAGAAAGAUCUUUAUGUGAAGAAUGUUCAGAGAACUGUCAUUUGGAUGGGAAAGAGGCAAGAGACUGUUGAGGAUGUUCCAUGUGGUAACACUGUUGCUAUGGUUGGUUUGGAUCAGUUUAUCACAAAGAAUGCCACACUUACAAACGAGAAGGAAAGUGAUGCCCAUCCAAUUCGUGCAAUGAAGUUCUCUGUGUCACCCGUUGUCCGUGUCGCUGUGCAGUGUAAGGUUGCAUCUGAUCUUCCCAAGCUUGUUGAAGGUCUUAAGCGUUUGGCCAAAUCCGAUCCUAUGGUUCAGUGUAGUAUUACAGAGUCAGGAGAGCACAUUAUUGCUGGUGCUGGUGAACUUCAUUUGGAAAUCUGUUUGAAGGAUUUGCAGGACGACUUCAUGGGUGGGGCUGAAAUUACCAAGUCAGACCCUGUUGUGUCCUUCCGUGAGACAGUUCUUGAGAAGUCAAGCCGUGUUGUGAUGAGCAAAUCCCCAAACAAGCACAACCGUUUGUACAUGGAAGCUCGUCCAAUGGAAGAUGGUCUUGCUGAGGCCAUUGACGAUGGAAGAAUUGGCCCAAGAGAUGAUCCUAAGAUUCGUUCCAAGAUCUUGGCUGAAGAAUUUGGGUGGGACAAGGAUCUAGCAAAGAAGAUCUGGUGUUUUGGUCCAGAAACCACAGGUCCCAACAUGGUGGUUGAUAUGUGUAAGGGAGUUCAGUACUUGAAUGAAAUCAAGGACUCAGUUGUAGCUGGUUUCCAGUGGGCUUCAAAAGAAGGAGCAUUAGCUGAAGAGAACAUGAGAGGUAUUUGCUUUGAAGUUUGUGAUGUGGUUCUUCAUGCUGAUGCAAUCCACAGAGGAGGUGGACAGGUUAUUCCAACAGCUAGGAGAGUCAUAUAUGCUUCACAGUUGACUGCUAAGCCCAGAUUGCUGGAGCCAGUCUACCUAGUUGAAAUCCAAGCUCCUGAAAAUGCACUUGGUGGUAUUUACAGUGUUCUGAAUCAGAAACGUGGACAUGUGUUUGAAGAAAUGCAGAGACCUGGUACACCACUUUACAACAUCAAGGCAUACCUUCCUGUUGUUGAGUCAUUCGGGUUUUCAAGUACCUUGAGAGCUGCAACAUCUGGACAGGCCUUCCCACAGUGUGUGUUUGAUCAUUGGGAAAUGAUGAUGCAAGAUCCUUUGGACCCAACUUCUCAAGCUGCUGCUUUGGUUCAGAAUAUCCGUAAGAGGAAGGGUUUGAAGGAGCAAAUCACACCACUCUCCGAUUUUGAAGACAAGCUGUGAGGAAUUCAAUUCUUGAAGAUGAUGAUCAUUUUGGUAGUUUUGUUGGUGAAAUAUUCUCUAUAAUUUUCAUGGCUUUUGUUGUUGGUUACAUUGGUACAAUGUUUUCUUGCGUCUGGGGUGUCCUCCCUUUUUUGGAGUUACAAUUUUGUUUGUAGUUGGGUCUACUCAAUGAACCUCUGCCCCGGCAGUCGUUUUGCCUGGAAUUGUUAAUGAGAUUGUGCUUAUUUGAGAUCAUAUUGUAUUUGGUUAAA